AUGAUUUCCAGCGUUGUCGUGCUCGUCUCCGCCGCCAUGGCCGUGCGAGCCAUGCCCUCCUCGGUAUUUGAGCCAACUAGCAAUGUCCAUGCAUUCCAAGUGCGAGCUGCUGGUUCCCCCUCGACGGACGGCAUCUGCGGCGCCUUCAAUGGAUCGUCCGUCUGCGUGGCCUCGGGCUUUGGACCAUGCUGCUCCCAAUUCGGAUACUGUGGUAGCAGCGACCUGCACUGUGGUACGGGAUGCCAGACUGGCUUUGGUUCCUGCGGCACUGCGCCGGACCCGCAGGUUAAGGACCUAGGCUGCUUCACUGACAGCACUAGUGCCCGUGUGCUGCCCUUCAUGAUCAAUCUGGCUGGCAACACCCCAGCCAAGUGCAGCAAAGCCUGUGAUGACGCCGGUUUCGCUUACUCAGGUGUCGAGUUUGGCAGCCAGUGCUGGUGCGGAAGCGCCCCCCAACAGCCGCUGGUGACCUCGGCCGGCUGCACAAUGGACUGCGCCGGAGACAGUGCGCAGAAGUGUGGCGGCAGCAACGCCAUCCGCAUCUUCUCGGCCAUUCCAACCUGGCAGAACAAAGGCUGCUACUCUGACGCUACCAACUCCCGCACCCUGAGCACCUCCUUAAACUUAGCCGGCAAUACCAACAAGAAGUGCCAGGAUGCCUGCGCUGCCGCUGGCUACAAGUAUGCCGGCACCGAGUUUGGUUCUCAGUGCUUCUGCGGCAACUCGAUUGACAACAACGGCGCGGCCAUUGCCGCGACCAGCUGCAACAAGGCCUGCGCCGGAGACUCAACCACCACCUGUGGUGGCGCUAAUGCCCUCAGCCUCUUUCUGCUCCUGGGAGCGUGA